AUGCUUGGAGUUCGGUUGCUGCCGUUGCUGUUCUUCAGAGGAGGGCUCAUCAGUGCUGGUACGUGGACUGGAGAUACCACAGAUUCAGACAACGAGAGCAGCCUACAAUCAUUCUCAGACAAGGGCUGGUGCUCCACAUGGGGAGCCGGCCACUUCUCCACUUUUGACCACCAUGAGUAUGACUUCACUGGGAUGUGCAACUACAUCUUCACGGCCACAUGCAAAGAUGCCUCGCCCACCUUCAGUAUCCAGAUGCGGCGAGGUCCAGAUGGGAACAUCUCCAGGAUCAUCAUAGAACUGGGGGCUUCUGUAGUUACCGUGAACAAGGCAGUCAUCUCUGUCAGGGACAUCGGGGUUGUUAGCCUGCCCUACACCAGCAACGGCCUCCAGAUCACACCAUACGGCCAGAGCAUGAGGCUGGUGGCCAAGCAGCUGGAGCUGGAAUUGGUCGUCAUGUGGGGUCCAGACGACUAUCUCAUGGAGGAGCAGGGUGGGGCGGUGGGAGCACCUGGGAUCUGGGAGGAGGAGUUGGAGGUCCCUCCAGCCUGGAUGGGGAACCCCUUCCACACCACCACGGGGCCCAACAGUGACACCUUGCAGGUCCUGAUGGAGAGAAAGUACAUGGACAAACUGUGUGGACUAUGUGGGAACUUCGAUGGGAAGACAGACAACGAGUUUCUGAGCGAGGAUGGAAAACUCCUGGAAUCCCACAAGUAUGCCACACUCCAGAAGUUGGAUGACCCUAACGAGAUCUGUGCCCAUGAGGCCAUCCCCAAACCCACCGUCCUGCAGACCAAAUAUGCCAAGAUCUGCACCCAGUUACUGACCCUGGUGGCCCCUGAGUGUGAUGUCCCUAAGGAGCCUCUGGUGCUAAGUUGCCAGGCAGACAUGGCUGCCUGUGACCAGCCGGGCCAGCAGAACUGCAGCUGUGCCACACUGUCUGAGUAUUCCCGCAGAUGCAGCACAGCUGGCCAGCCUGUCCACAACUGGCGGAGCCCCAGACUCUGCCCCUUGGGCCAAUGUCCAGCCAACCAGGUGUACCAAGAGUGUGGUGAGGCCUGUGUCAGGACCUGCUCCAACCCGCAGCACAGCUGCUCCAGCUUCUGCACCUUUGGCUGUUUCUGCCCUGAUGGCACACUGCUUGACGAUGUCUCCAGAAACCAUACUUGCGUGCCUGUCAGCCAGUGUCCCUGUAUGCUUAAUGGUGUGAUCUAUGGCCCUGGGGAGGUCACCAGGACAGCCUGCCAAACCUGCCAAUGUACCAUGGGCCACUGGACGUGCACAGAGCGGCCAUGUCCUGGCCACUGCUCACUAGAAGGCGGUUCCUUUGUCACCACAUUCGAUGCCAGGCCCUACCGCUUCCACGGCACCUGCACCUACGUUCUCCUCCAGAGCCCGCAGCUCCCCAACGAGGGCACCCUCAUGGCCGUAUACGACAAGUCAGGUUACUCGCACUCCGAGACCUCCUUGAUGUCCGUCAUCUACCUGUCCAAGAAGGACAAAAUCGUGAUCUCAGAGGAUGAAGUGAUCACGAACAACGGGGACACCAAGUUGCUGCCAUACAAGACUCAUAACAUCACCAUCUUCAGGCAGACGUCCACCCACCUCCAGAUGACCACCACCUUUGGGCUGGAACUUGUGAUCCAGUUGCAGCCUGUCUUCCAGGUGUACAUCACUGUUGGGCCCCAAUUCAGAGGCCAGACCAGAGGGCUCUGCGGCAAUUUCAACGGGGACACAAAGGACGACUUCACAACCAGCAUGGGCAUUGACGAAGGCACUGCCUCGCUCUUCGUGGACUCCUGGCGUGCAGGGAACUGUCCAACUGCCCUGGAGCGUGAGACUGACCCCUGCUCCAUGAGCCAGCUCAAUAAGGUGUGUGCAGAGACUCACUGCUCCAUGCUGCUGAAGAAGGGCAAUGUGUUUGAGAAGUGUCACACUGUGGUAAACCCCCAACCCUUCUACAAGAGGUGCGUGUACCAGGCUUGCAAUUACGAGGAGACCUUCCCCCAUAUCUGUUCUGCACUGGGGGCCUACGCCCAUGCCUGCUCCUCCCGGGGCAUCGUGCUCUGGGGCUGGAGGAGCAGCGUGGACAACUGCACUGUGCCUUGCACUGGCAACCGCACAUUCAGCUACGACAGCCAGGCCUGUGACCGUACCUGCCUGUCUCUGUCUGACCGUGGGGCCGAGUGUUACGCCAGCGCCGUGCCUGUGGAUGGCUGCAACUGUCCUGAAGGCACCUACCUGAACCACAAGGGGGAGUGUGUGCGCAAGACGCAGUGCCCCUGCCUGCUGGAUGGCUACAAACUCGUUCAGGCUGACCAGUCGACCAUGAUCAACGGGGUCAUAUGUUACUGCAUCAAUGGCCGUCUGAACUGCCCUCGGCAGGCAGAGAUGUUCUUGGCAUCCUGCCCAGAACCCAAGACCUUCCAGUCCUGCAGUCAGUCCUCGGAGGACAAGUUCGGGGCUGCAUGCGCCCCCACCUGCCAGAUGCUGGCCACGGGCAUCGCCUGUGUACCCACCAAGUGUGAAUCCGGCUGUGCCUGCCCCAAGGGGCUCUAUGAGGACAGUAAUGGGCAGUGUGUACCUGCAGAGGAGUGCCCGUGUGAAUUUUCAGGGGUCUCCUACCCUGGGGGUGCAGAGCUCCAUACCGACUGUAAAACCUGUACCUGCUCACACGGGAGCUGGACUUGCCAGCAGAGCGCACAGUGUCCAUCCACCUGCGUCCUCUACGGAGAAGGCCACAUCAUCACUUUUGAUGGACAGCGCUUUGUGUUCGACGGCAACUGCGAGUACACCCUGGCCACGGAUGACUGUGGCACCAACAGCUCGCAGCCUACCUUCAAGGUCCUGACAGAGAAUGUCAUCUGCGGAAAGUCGGGGGUCACCUGCUCCCGAGCCAUCAAGAUCUUCACGGGCGGCCUGUCCAUCACAAUGGCAGACAGAAACUACACAGUCAGUGGGGAGGAGCCUUUGGUGCACCUUCAGGUGAAGCCCAGUCCACUGAACCUCGUCCUGGACAUGAGCAUCCCCGGGAGGUUCAACCUGACACUUGUGUGGAACAAGCACAUGAGCAUCUCAAUUAAGAUCCAGCGUGACGCUCAGGAUGCCCUCUGUGGCUUGUGUGGUAACUCCAACGGGAACAUGAAAGAUGACUUUGAGACACGCAGCAAGUACGUGGCAUCCAGCGAGCUGGAGUUUGUGAACUCAUGGAAGGAAAGCCCACUGUGUGGAGACGUGAGCUACGUGGUGGAGCCUUGCAGCCAGAACACCUUCCGCCUCUCCUGGGCCGAACGCAAGUGCAGCAUUAUUAACAGUCAGACCUUUGCUGCCUGCCACAGCAAGGUGUACCACCUGCCCUACUAUGAGGCCUGUGUGCGUGAUACCUGUGGGUGCGACACGGGCGGGGACUGUGAGUGUCUGUGCGAUGCAGUGGCAGCCUAUGCCAAAGCCUGCCUGGACAAAGGCGUGUGUGUGGACUGGAGGGCCCCAGACUUCUGCCCCAUCUACUGCGGCUUCUACAACACCCACACGCUGGUGGGUGAGAACGAGUAUCAGUACAUGAAAGAAGCCAACUGUACAUGGCAUUAUCAGCCCUGCCUCUGCCCCGGCAGCCUGGAGAAUUUCCUGGAUACCAACAUUGAAGGCUGCUAUAACUGCUCCCAGAACGAAUACUUUGACCACAGCCAGGGGACCUGCGUGCCCUGUGCACCACCCACUACCACACUGGCGCCAACCACCACAGGCACACAGCCUACCAUGGCAACCUCCACCACCACCGGAUUGCACAGCUUCAGCUCUCCAGCCACCUCUUCCACCGUGACUGCCACUGCUACCCCAGUGGUCCAAACCUCUCCCACUACUAACAGCAGUCCUCAGACGUCACUCACCACACACCUUCCAACCUCGGUUGCUGUCUCUGCCACCCCAUACACGACAGAGCCACCAACCACCGCUUCCAUACAGACCACGACCACCUUGCCAACCACACAGACCUCUUUCUCCACAACUGUGCCGACCUAUUCCACAUCCUCUGUCACACCAACUUCCGAAAUCAUACUUACCCCAACCAGCCCUCACACAGCCUCAUCAGCAUCCACCUCCAGGACACUCAGCACCCAUGUUCCAACCACCACAGUAGAGGUAACAAAGCCCACACACACGGCAACCCCUCUCACCUCCACAACCAGCUCUACCACCCAAAUACCAAGCUCAUUCCCUACAGACAGGACCUCCCCGCAUCUCACACAUCCUUCCUCAGCACCUAUUGAGCAGUCCACAUCAUUCCUUGCCAGUACCCUCUCCACUAAGUCCACCGUGACUGCCACUGCUACCCCCAUUGUCCACCCUUCCACCUACAUACCCAGUAGUCCAGACAUAUCACUUUCCACACACCCUCCCCCCUCGGUUGUUGUCUUCUCUACUCCUCACACCUCGUCCUCGCCCAUGCCCCAUGUCAGUUCUGUUGUUACUGCUCCCCAGCAGCCUUCAACCGCGAGUCUGGUUUCCACUUCCCCCUUGUUUACUGAAAGCACAGCGUCACAUCUCUCCUCUGUUCCUGCAUUCGUUUCUCCAACAGCUCAUCCCAGUCCUUUUCCCUCCUCCGUCUUCCCGACCAUCACCUCUCCUGUGCCAACGAUCCAUAUGUCCCCCUCCCCAUCUUCUCUUCCGGCUUCUAGCACUAGCCUUCCCUCCACUCUGAAGACUACACCUGGUGUGUCCAUCUCUUCUUCCAUCUCCUCACAAUCCACAACCUCCCUGUUCACCUCCCUUACUACUCAAGCCCUUACGUCAGGGCUCUUGUCAUCAACCUUGGGCAUGACAGUCUUGCCAAGCUCCCCAGACACCAACCACACUACCAGGCCUCCCAAGACCAGCGUGGUGUCUACAUCUGUGCUCCUAAGCAGCCCUCCCAAUCCCACUGGAAGCGUGUCACCUUCGGCCGAAAUGUCACCCUCCAGUGCAGACUCCUGGGUCUCCUCUCCACCGGCCUCUUCUGGGACCUGCAGCUUGCGGGAAGAAGAGCAGCAGAUCACCUACCAGGGCUGUGUGGCCAAUGUGACUCUAACUCAUUGUGAGGGCUUCUGCGCCUCCUCUGUCAGUCUCAACACAGACACCCAGCAGUUGGAAACCCGCUGCGGCUGCUGCCAACCCCUAGGUGUUUACGAGAAGCAGCUCUUGCUGCCCUGUCCAGACCCCAAUGUACCGGGUCAGCAGCUCACACUCACCCUGCAAGUGUUCAGCAGCUGUACAUGCAGAUCCCUGCAAUGUAGGGAAUAGAUAAGAGUGGCCUGGCCUCUAGGGCACAAGUUGUCACAGACUUUAAAUUGUCAUUUACAAUGCCUCCCCUACACAUGUACAGGCCAUCCCUUUACUGGCCGUGGCAUGGCCUUAAAGAGACCUUGGAUAUGGCUCACCUUGAGGCACCUGUAGGGAAACAGCUUC